ACCGUAACCCAACCAAAAUAGACUCGCAUUUUGGAAAAUACCGGCGUCUUUUGUCUUUUUUAUUGACUGUUAAGACGAAGCGUACGCAAAAUAUAUAUAUAUUUUUGCGUGGAAACGCACACAGCGAGGAUAGCGAAGAUAGGUCCACGAGCCAUUGAGGACACUGCGCGUCAUCCUGAGGAAAAGACGGCGACGGUUUUUUUUUUCCAUUUUGGCUCACAGUUCCUUCAGGAUUCUUAUCGUGUUUUGUGUCCAUUGACGGUUAAAGAUAAACAUUAGUGGCUGACCGGUAUAAUUACUGUUUAUUACAGUUUAUUACUCAUUUUGCGUACGGUACGGUAAAUUCGUUACGUCACCGACGUACCUCCCGUUACGUAACGCAGCCUGAACACGAAGAGCGCAACCUUGCGCAGUAUCCCUGAUGUCAAGAAGCACAGCCAAGCUGCAUUGUGAUUUUUCUUGGAUUUAACAAAGCGCUGCAGAUAUUUCAAGGCGUUUUUAUGCUUUGGGAAGUGGAAUCGUAAUCAUCACCCUCACCACCUAACAGGCAGGCUUCGAUUUCUCUUGCUCAUCGGCUAACAGCCUAUGUUCUUAAUCCGCCGGCCCAUUCUUUAGUGUGAAACGGCUUCAGGAGAAAGAUGUCGGGCCAGACGCUGACAGAUCGCAUCGCUGCCGCGCAGUACCAGCUCACCGGCUCGGACGUGGCCCGAGCUGUGUGUAAAGCUACCACGCAUGAAGUCAUGGCGCCCAAGAAGAAGCACCUGGACUAUCUGAUCUCUGCCACCAACGAGACCAAUGUGAACAUCCCGCAGAUGGCUGACACUUUGUUCGAGAGGGCCAUGAAUGCCAGCUGGGUGGUCGUUUUUAAAGCUCUUGUGACUACCCACCACAUGUGUAUUCAUGGCAAUGAGAGGUUUAUCCAGUACCUGGCCUCCAGGACCUCCUUGUUCAAUCUGAGCAACUUUAUUGACAAAACUGGCACCCAUGGCUAUGACAUGUCCACAUUCAUCAGAAGAUAUGGACGGUACCUGAAUGAAAAAGCAUAUGCUUACCGUGCAAUGGCCUUCGAUUUUACUCGAGUCAAAAAAGGUGCUGAUGGUGUGAUGAGGACUAUGGCUCCUGAAAAACUGCUAAAAGCUAUGCCUGCCCUUCAGACCCAGGUGGACACAUUGCUGGAAUUUGAUGUUCAUCCCAAAGAUUUGAACAAUGGCAUUAUCAAUGCAGCUUUCAUGCUUCUCUUCAAGGAUCUGAUUAAAUUGUUUGCUUCCUACAAUGAUGGAAUUAUCAAUCUAUUAGAGAAAUAUUUUAAAAUGAAAAAGUCUGACUGCAAAGAGUCACUUGAGAUUUACAAGAAGUUCCUGACCAGAGUGACCAAGAUUUCAGAGUUUAUAAAAAUUGCAGAGCAAGUCGGAGUGGACAAAAAUGACAUCCCUGACAUAUCUUAUGCCCCAAGUAGUAUUCUGGAAUCAUUGGAGACACACAUGAACAGCUUAGAGGGAAAGAAAGGAGAAGGGUCUCCUACGAAGGGAUCACCUACCAACAAUGUGUCUCCAACUUCAACCCCAGCCAAAUCAGCAGCCUCUGUACCAACACUGGAGCCUCCGCCUACUGAAGCCGCUGCUGCACCUGGUGCUGUGCCUGCUGCUGCACCUGCUUCUGCUGAGCCUGCAACUGAUUCUCUGUUGGACUUGGACCCAUUAUCCUCUUCAGGGCCACCUGAUUCAUCAGCUCCUACAUCCUGGGGAGACCUUCUGGGGUCAGAAUUUGGUUCUCUCACUACGGAGACUCUCCUCCCUGACCCCUCCCCUGCUGCAGACUCUUCUGCGACAGCUGUACCUAGUCCCCCAACUGCUGAGGGUGCCACCUCUGUAGCCCCUCCCCCUACAUCUGCUGGCUCAGCAGAUCUCCUCGGAGGUGCAUUUGCAAACCCAGCAGCUGAGAGUGCAGCCGCUGCAGAGAGCGGGGUUUCAGCCACCACUGCCACUUCAGCCAGUGAAACCCCUGCCGCAAAUGAUCUUUUUGAUUCUAAACCUGAGCUAGCUGCUCCCAAAUCAGACCAUGCUUCCAGUCUAGACCUGUUUUCAUCAGACACUGCAGGUGCAGCCAACGGCCAACCUGCAGCUUCAGCACCAGCAUCAUCCGGAGCAGAUUUAAUGGGAGCAUUUGGUGGCUUGGGGGACAUGCUUAUUCCAGCCAUGGCUCCUCAGGCAGCUGGAGCAGCAGCCAUGGCGGCCUCACCAGUUAAACCAGCAGGAGGUGAUUUGGACUCUACCAUGGCGAACCUUGCUGGAAAUCUAGGAAUGGGGACUCAGAAACCGGGUGAAGCAGCUGGAGGGACGAACUGGCAAUCGCAGCCUGCUCCCUCUGGGGUCUCUCAUCUCAUGGGGUCUCAGCUGCCGUUCGGCAUGCCGGGAGCGCCAGGAGCAGCACCCAUGCCUGGGUCAACCAUGAUGUUCCCCCAGCAGCCUAUGAUGAGACCACAGUUUCCUGCAGCGGGGGCAUCUGCAGCGCCAAUGUCUUCUGGAAUGGCCCAGAGUCCCAGAAAACCUCCCCCUCCCAAGGAUCCUCUUGCAGACCUAAACAUCAAAGACUUCCUAUAAGCCAGCAUCAGGAUCUAUACUUAUCAAGUCAGCGACUAUGACCCUCUGGAAAUGGAUGUGGAUAUUUCUCUUCUCCGAUUGGUAGCCUCAGGGUUGCCGUUCCUCCCUUCUGCUCUCUAUUUGUCUAAUGUUGUACUAGAAUCUGUGAAAGUGAUUCUGUAUAUGUGUGUGUAUUGUAAUGUUUCCAAUCUAUAUUUAAAAAGACAAACCUACAGAUAUGUAUUGAUGGAUGCAUCAUUGUACAUCAGCACCAGUGGAUGUGUGCUCCUUUUUGUUUUCCUGGCUGCUGUUUUGUGGGAAACCCAAACAGGUGUGUCAUGUUUUCUGUGGAAAAACAUAAUGUUUUGGUGUGGUACAUAUCACUGGCCGGUCCUGGGCUUACUCUGUGUCAUGGAAGUAUUAGUUGUCUAGCUCAUAGCCAUACCACUUAUGAAAACACAUGAAUGAACGUACAGUAACAUAAACAGAUGUAUAGACGCUAGUAUUGUAUCUGUUUCUGUUAUUACUGAUAACCUGUUUUCAUCACCUUCAAGUGUUGAUAUGUGAUAUGCAAAAUUCGACCAGGCCUAUUGACAAGGAAUAUGCAUUUUGGAGUAUUUUAUCUUUAGUAUUUAUUUUGAGGUGAAAAUCAGAAUCUAUUUUAGUUAUGUUGGAAGUACUCAUUGUAUUAAAGAACUGGUACAAAUGAUUUCUACUUGUAAAAACACCUGUAUUUCUGUCACCUGAAUGCAGUUUAGCUCUGUAUAAUGGCUCCUUGUAGUGGUAGUGGUAGUUUACAGUGGCACAACAGCUUAUUACUUGUGUCCAGAGUCAGAUUUGAAGAUAUUUGUAACUGCAUCAACAAUAAUUACAAAAACUCCUGCCAUUAGGCUGAACAGAAUUUACACUGGCUGUUUAAUGUUUUGAUCGAUUGUUUUGAUUAUAGCAAGAAAAAAAUGUAAAAUAAAGUGGUUGUUGAGACGUGGAAUAAUGUUAUAUGAACUGUGGCUGUGCUGAUUAGAUUUUUUUUCUUGAUGGAUCAUAUUUUUGAAUGAAAUAAACCCCUCUGUCCCACUUCUCCUCUGCGCAUGUGAGUCCUGUUAAAUGCAAUAAACAUUUACCUCGAAUAACAGGA